CACUCCUCUCCUCGCCUCGCCGGCUCGCUCCCCCCACCACCGCUGCGGGAGGAGCCGAGGAGAGGAGAGCUCUCGCACCGCCCACCGCGCGAGGGAAGCAGCCUCGCGGUCGCGGGGCGAUCAAAUCCGAUCGCCAUGUCCGGCGGCGACGACGAGCCGUCCAUUACCCGAUGGACCUUCGAGGACUUCGAGCUCCACUACGAGGCUCGCCUCGGCAUCCGCCGCGAGCCCAAGGGGGAUGAAGACGGCGACGGCUCCGAUCACAUCGGGCCGCUUGGAUCCGGCUCCGUGACAAGCUCCCGCCCCGCCGCGGUGCGCGCCAACGGCGGGGCCGACCUGGCCGUCUUCGAGCAGUACGAGCGGCUGGAGAGGAAGGUGGAGCUGCGGAAUGGAGCAAUUGAUGCUGGGCCUCCGCAGAAAUCUCUACUUCCUUCUUUUGAAUCUGCAGAAAUGCGCAACUUAGCUGAGACAUUGUUGAGGGAUAUAAUUCAUGGAAGUCCAGAUGUCAAAUGGGAAAGCAUUAAAGGUUUGGAGAAUGCGAAGCGUCUUCUGAAAGAAGCAGUUGUGAUGCCUAUAAAAUACCCCAAGUACUUCACAGGUCUGUUAUCACCUUGGAAAGGUAUAUUACUUUUUGGUCCACCAGGAACAGGAAAGACAAUGCUAGCAAAAGCUGUGGCUACUGAGUGCAAAACCACCUUCUUCAAUAUUUCAGCCUCAUCAAUUGUCAGCAAGUGGCGUGGUGACUCGGAGAAACUAGUGAAAGUCUUAUUUGAGCUUGCAAGGCAUCAUGCACCAUCCACCAUUUUUCUUGAUGAGAUUGAUGCUAUUAUUAGCCAACGUGGCGAAGCUCGUAGUGAACAUGAAGCCAGUCGGCGAUUGAAGACUGAACUACUAAUACAGAUGGAUGGGUUAACUAAGACAGAUGAUCUUGUUUUUGUUCUGGCCGCCACAAAUUUGCCAUGGGAAUUGGAUGCAGCAAUGUUGCGUCGUUUGGAGAAACGUAUUCUUGUGCCUUUACCAGAACCAGAAGCUAGACAUGGUAUGUUUGAAGAGCUCUUACCAUCUAUUCCUGGCACAAUCAAGAUUCCAUAUGAUGUUCUUGUGGAGAAAACUGAAGGAUAUUCAGGCUCUGAUAUACGCCUCGUGUGCAAGGAGGCCGCAAUGCAACCCCUUAGAAGGUUAAUGGCGGUUCUUGAAGGAAGGCAAGAAGAAGUACCUGAGGAUGAGUUGCCUGAAGUUGGUCCAGUAACGACAGAAGAUAUUGAGCUUGCAUUGAAGAAUACGCGGCCGUCUGCUCAUCUUCAUGUACAUAGAUACGAAAAAUUCAAUCAAGAUUAUGGCAGUCAUGUCCUCAGCUAAAGGCGAGUUGCAAAAGCAAGGUUAUUUUCCCAACUUAGGUUGCUGAGUUUUCCUCUUUGAAGUUUGAACUGUUCCCCAAGCAUAUGUGGAAAUCCUUCUGACGGGAUCUCGUCGAUACGACUUUUGAUUUGCACCUGGUUGAUAGAAUGCUGAAUUACCAGUGAUGUAUUUAUGUAUCAUGUAUAUGAUCAUUUAUUUGACGAGUAAUAAGUUCUUUGGGUAAUCUUUGCCCAUUUGGAAUACGAUAGAUUGUACUGGUACCAA